AUGGAUGAAGCUAUUAACUUGUCUGGUUAUGAAGAUGAAGAGGAGGUUGGAAGCGUUCCAAAUAAAGAAGAAGUUCCAUCGGGUUCUAAAGCUUCUAAAGCUACUAAGGUGAAAGCAAAGAAACUGAAACCAAACUUAUCUAGUAACCCUGUGAAACGCCAACGUAAGCUAACUUCCCCUGUUUGGAAACAUUUUGAAAUGAUUGAUGAAUUAGAUGAAAAUGGAAAUAUUCAGUCUAAAUGCAAGAAAUGUGGGACUAAAUAUAUUGCUGAAAGUAGUUAUGGGAUAGGGAAUAUGCUUAGACAUGCUAGGACCUGUAACACACACAAUUAUGCUGAUGUUGGUCAACUUUUGAUAAAAACUAACAUGAAUUGUUCAUUGGGAACUCGAUCUGUCAUGUAUAAGCAUGAUGAAUUUCGUGAAUUAGUUGCAAUUGCAGUUGCUAGACACAAUCUUCCUCUUCAAUUUGUUGAAUAUGAAGGUAUUAGGAACUGUUUUUCUUACUUGAACCCGGAAGUGAAAACCUUUUGUAGAAACACCGUAAAAAGUGAGAUAAAAAACAUGUAUUUGGUUGAAAAAAAUAAGCUUUGUGAUGUUUUGCAAUCUAUUCCUGGUAGAGUAGCAUUAACUUCUGAUUGUUGGACUUCUGUGACCACAGAUGGGUAUAUUUCAUUAACUGCUCACUUUGUUGAUCAAAAUUGGUGUUUGCAAAAAAAAGUUCUUGCUUUACUCUCAUGCCUCCUCCCCAUACUGGUGUUUCAUUAG